UAGGUGUUACAAUGGCAUCGGAAAGUGUGCUAUCAAACGGUUUGAAUGAAACUGAAGCGAUGGAUGUCAGUGUUAAGGUUGAUGAACCUUCAAAAAAGGAGAAGGAGAAGUCUGGCAAGAAAAAGAAGGAAAAAAAGGAAGAAGAACCUCUUAUUGGAAUCCUUGAAUAUUAUCGAUAUGCAACAGCAGUUGACUGGCUUUUGAUUUUAACUGGAUUCCUGUUUGCGAUGUUCAAAGGCUUUUCCUGGCCUGGAAUCAUGAUUAUUUUUGGUGAAAUGAUUGAAAACUUAGGAUCAAAUUCUGAAGCUAUGGAGAAUGAUCCAAAUAUUAAUAUACAAAAAGAAAUGUUAACGUUCGCAUUAUGGUACAUUGGCCUGGGCCUGUUCCAGGUAUUGGCUGGAUAUGUCGCCACAGCAUUUUUAAACAUUUCUGCGGAGAGGCAAACGUCCAGAGUGCGUAAAGCGUAUUUCAGAGCAAUGCUAAGACAAGAGGUGGGAUGGUAUGAUACGGUAUCAAGUGGUGAACUUACUACAAGACUCCAGGGGGAUAUAGAGAUGAUAAGAGACGGUCUGUCAGACAAAUCAGGCCUAUUUGUCACUUGGACCUUCUGUUUUUUAAGUGGUAUUGCGAUUGCUUUCUCCUACUCCUGGCGACUAUCCCUGGUUAUAAUGUCUGUCGCACCUAUCAUGGGUGUUCUUAGUGCUAUUUUUGCUAAGGUCCUGGCGGGUUUCACAGCAAAAGAGCAGACUGCUUACGCUGCAGCUGGGGCUGUUGCAGAGGAAGUUAUCGGGGGUAUUAGGACUGUGGUUGCUUUUGGGGGCGAGAAAACAGAGGUUCAGAGGUAUAAGGGAAAGUUAGACACAACAGUGGAAACUGGAAAGAAAAACACACUAGUUUAUGCCUUAUCUCUUGCCUCAGUUAAUGGACUGAUGUUUUUGAUGUACGCACUGGCAUUUUGGUACGGAGCUAAGCUAACAGGGGAGGGGACCACUAAACCAGCUGAUGUUCUAGUUGCUUUCUUCAACGUCCUGAUUGGAGCGUGGGGAAUGGGCUUCGCUGCUCCCCAGUGGAAGAUAAUGACUGUAGGGCGCGGGGCUGCUUGUAAAGUAUUCGCUACUAUUGAUAGGGAAUCAAAGAUAGACCACGAGGAGGAGGGAGGGGAGACGAUACCAGGAUUGGAGGGGAGAAUAGAGUUUAAAAACUGUAAUUUUAGCUAUCCUUCCCGAUCUGAUAUUACGAUAAUGAAGGAUUUCAACUUGGUAUUAGAGCCUGGCAAAACACACGCUCUCGUUGGUCAAAGUGGGUGUGGUAAAAGUACUGCUGUGGCCAUUCUGGAGAGAUUCUACGAUGUUACUGAGGGAUCGGUUUUACUUGAUGGAGUGGACAUAAAGAAGCUGAAUUUACAUUGGUUAAGAGAACAGAUCGGUCUAGUUGGACAGGAACCUGUACUUUUCUCCACCUCUGUUGAGGAAAAUAUCCGUUACGGAAGGGAAGGUGUUAGUAAAGAGGAGAUAGUUGAAGCAGCUAAGAAAGCGUUCGCACACGACUUUAUAUCCCAGCUUCCAGAUGGCUACGAUACGUUAUGUGGCGAGAGAGGGAGUCAGAUGUCAGGAGGGCAAAAGCAGCGCAUAGCCAUUGCACGUGCACUAGUGCGCGACCCUAAGAUUCUCCUUCUUGAUGAGGCGACCAGUGCUCUCGAUAACAAAUCGGAGAAAAUAGUGCAACAGGCACUAGAUAAGGCUAGAGAAGGACGUACGACUCUGAUAAUAGCACAUCGUCUCUCAACAAUACGGGAUGUAGAUAAGAUAUACGCUUUAUCAGACGGAGCGGUAUUGGAGGAGGGGACACACGAGGAGCUGAUGAAGGUUACUGACGGACUUUACCGGGGUCUGGUUAACUACCAACAAGCUGUUCAGGUUACUGACGGACUAUACCGGGGUCUGGUUAACUACCAACAAGCUGUUCAGGAUGAAGAUGAGAAGGCUAUGACAGUUUCAGACAAGGUUGUAAGUAUAAUGACGGCGGAUGGAGUAGAACUCCCCUCAACUCUACAGGAAAUUAAGGAUACAUUUAAUGGAAAAGUUGGAAGUCCUGUAAAAGAGUCCCGGUAUGUUUUGGACAUGCUUUCUGACGCUGAAGAAGAGCAGGUAAAAGUAGUGACUGACGAGAAAGUGGAAGAGAUCCCUGAGGAAGAAAUCAAACCAGCUACGUUUUUGGAGAUAUUAAACGAAUGUAAUCAUGCUGAGUAUACUCUCAUGGGAUUGGGAAGUCUGGGUGCGGCAGCUAAUGGUGUUACUAUGCCUGUCUUCGCGGUCCUCUUUGCUGGUGUUAUUAAUGAUCUAGUAGGACUAGCCGUUGCUCAUCAAGCAGGAGAGGAUCCGGAUUUCAGUAAAACUGACAAAUGGGCCAUGUACUUUGCUUUCCUGGGAAUUGGGACUGCACUUGCUUUCUUCACCCAGACAUACUGUAUUGGACUUAUGAGCGAGAGUUUCACUCGAAGAUUAAGAGUCAGAUCUUUUAAAGCUAUUCUACGACAGAAUUUAGCGUUUUUCGACGACCCCGCCAACUCAAUCGGAGCCCUUACCACCAGACUAUCCACUGAAGCAAACGCUGUCAAGGAUGCCACAGGUUCACGUGUUGCUACCGUGAUCCAGGUUGUGGUAGGAAUGUCUGCCGCGCUUGUUAUAGCUUUUAUGACAGAGUGGAGAUUGGCUCUGGUAUGCCUGGGUUGUAUUCCCUUCAUCGUAAUUGGAGGUAUAAUUCAGAUGUGGCAGGUAACUGGAACUACCAAGGGAGUAGCUAAACUUUACGAAGCUUCAGGUAAAACAGCAGCAGAGUCAAUAGAGAACAUAAGGACAGUAGCCUCACUUGGAAUAGAGAACCUGUUCUACAAACACUACUGUCAAGCGCUCAGAGCACCCAGGAGAGAAACGACCCGGAAAGCUCACGUGGUGGGUCUAUGCAUGGGUCUGAGUGAAGCGGCUACUUAUUUCACCUUCGCUGCUGUGUUUGGGUACGGUAGUGUUCUCAUUGCAGACGGGCUAACUAGCUUUGAGGAUGUUGUUAAAGUUUUCAGCGCUAUAAUAUUUUCCGGUAUGAUUGUGGGGGAGGCUAUGUCCUAUCUUGGUGAUUACACAAAAGCAACAGUGUCCGCUGCUAAGAUCUUCAAGCUCAUCUACAAUGUACCUGCUAUUGACGCUAACUCGAGUGAUGGUUUGAAGGAGUUUGCAGUGGAGGGAAAGCUGAAAUUCUCAGAUGUGGUGUUCAACUACCCUACCAGACCUAACCAUCCUGUCUUGCAAGGACUCAGCUUAGAGGCCCUCAGAGGACAGACAGUAGCUCUAGUAGGUCAGAGUGGGUGUGGCAAAAGUACAACAAUUCAACUUACUGAGAGAUUCUACGAUUCUCUCGGCGGAUCUGUGUUUUUGGACGAUAAAGAGUUGAAGCAAAUAAAUGUAUCGUAUCUUCGCAAACAAAUUGGACUUGUUUCGCAGGAGCCGAUUCUAUUUGAUACUUCGAUUGCAGAGAACAUAAUGUACGGCGAUCUUGAUAGGCAGAUCAGUGAAUCUGAGAUUAUUGAGGUUGCAAAGUCUGCUAACAUUCACGAGUUUGUUGACAAUCUUCCAGAGAAAUACCAGACACGAGUAGGGGAGAAAGGGGGCCAGUUAUCAGGAGGUCAGAAACAGAGGAUUGCAAUAGCAAGAGCUCUGAUCAGGAACCCUAAGAUACUACUGCUAGAUGAGGCUACCAGCGCACUCGACACUGAGAGUGAGAAGAUUGUUCAAGAAGCCCUGGAUAAAGCUAGGAAAGGAAGGACUUGUCUAGUGAUCGCGCACAGACUCUCUACCAUACACACUGCUGACAUGAUAUGUGUUAUAGAUGAAGGUAAAGUAGCAGAACAAGGUACACAUCAGGAGUUGAUGUUCCGACGGGGAAUGUACUAUGCGCUCAACUCUCAAAAUACCGAGGAUGGCGAGAGCUAA